ACUUCCUUCCCAAAAGGAGAAAGAACGAACCAGCGAUGAGAGGCAGCUGGGAGGAGUGGAGGAGGAAGUCCCGCAGCUGGCUUUAACGUUUUUUUCUUGUAUGCAAUCCUGUCAAUAAAAUGGCAGCUCCAAGUAAUGCAGAAAAUAGUGAAUACAUUACCUCACCCAUUCGUGGACCUGGUGAUGGCAUGGAAACAGAGCAGCCUUCAAAAUCUGUUGAAGUAAUCCUCAACAUAACUAGCCAUGCCCAUCGAAGCCCAGACAAGAAACGUCUUCCGUCACUGAGUCCUGGAGUUCUUCAGCUGGGGAAAGUAUAUGGUGACAAGGCUGUGGAAAUUGAAGCUGUACGAAUAGUGGUUCCUAAAGCUUCUGUAAGCCAUGUGGUGCCUGUUAAAAAUGCUAAAGGAUCUAAAUCCUCAGGUCCUCAAAAAGAGCCCCUCAGUCUGUCUGAUGGGAUUUCAUCAGAUACUAAGAAAGAACUGCUGGAGCUAAGAAGUGAAAUAGGGAAGCUUAAAAAUUCGGAAAAGAGACUCUUACAGGAUAAGGAAGGCCUUUCCAAUCAGCUACAUGUGCAAACAGAGGUCAAUCGGGAGUUGAAAAAGUUACUUGUUGCUUCUGUUGGAGAUGACUUGCAAUAUCAUUUUGAGCGUAUGGCACGUGAAAAAAAUCAACUGAUUCUUGAAAAUGAAGCCCUUGGGCGGAAUGUGUCUCAGCUGUCUGAGCAGUUAGAACGGAUGUCUAUACAAUGUGAUGUUUGGCGAAGCAAAUUUCUAGCAAGCAGAGUCAUGUCUGAUGAGUUGACUAACUCCAGAGCAGUUCUCCAGCGUCAGGCCAGAGAUGCACACAGUGCAAUUCAGGAUCUGUUAAAUGAACGUGAUCAGUUUCGCCAAGAAAUGAUUGCUGCACAAAAAUUAUUAGAGGAACUCCUAGUUUCUCUACAGUGGGGAAGGCAGCAGACAUACUACCCUAGUGCACAUCCUCAUAGUACGGUGGAAUUAGCUGCUGUAAAUCAUAAGCUUGCUAGAGCAGUAACUUCACAUCUACUUGGAAACUCUAGUAUUGCUAACAAUCCAAAAAAUGGCUCUUCAUCCACAGAAGUCUGCACUACCCCUGCUGAGAAAAUGGCUGAAAUGGUAUUAAGAAUGCUGGAUUCUGGCAAAUGUACAGAAGUAUCAGAACUUUCUUUUUCUGAGCCUUCAACAGCAUCUUUUCUUUCCCCAAAGAAAAAUAUUGGACGGUUUCAUCCCUACACUAGAUAUGAGAACAUAACUUUCAACUGUUGUGAUCACUGCAAGGGAGAAUUACUUGUUCUUUAAAAAAAAUCUUAUUUGGUAGCAAUGGUUUCAGAUUCUGAUGAAGCAUACAAUCUUUGUGCACUUUUAUUUUCUGUACUUUUAUCUAAGGAGGAUUGGAUUUUGUGCUGGGAUUAUGUCUUUCAUAAAGCUUUCAGGAUUUUAAUGUUCUGCUGUCAAAUUCUUCUUUGUGGCAGAUUAAAUUUGUAACGCAAUGUCAGUUAUUCAAUGCCAACCAAGAAUGUAUUAGAGAAAUACUCCAUACUGUAAAAAGAAU